AUGGAGGCGCAGGAGCGGCAGGCGCGAGGCGGGCUGACAGUUGUCAAAUUCCGCCGGGUUAGUCAGGAGACGCUUGCCGUGCCAGGCGGAACAUGUGCGGCCCCGGUUGCGCCAGGCGGAAUCAUUGAUGGUGACAGCCCGCACAGGUCAGUCUGCACCGCUCUGAGGCACCUGCGUUCCCUGCCCGGUGCGCACUGUGCCGGGUUCGCGCGACCACUGGACGUAGGGGGCAGAAAAAAGGCAGACAGGCACCAGACAGAAAACCCGACCCGGCAAGGAAAUGGGAGCAGCAGAAGCGACGCACACCACCAGGGGCGACGCGACCUCGGACAGGGACAAGGCAAACUUCACCGCAGCUGGCCCGGGCUGGGCACCAUGAUUGGUGCUUUGGUCGCCCUCGGGGACAGCGCCGACAAGGCUCCAUCCGGGACCCUGGAUAUUACGAUUGGCCCCAUCCGCUUCUCCUAUUCCUCCGCGUCGGCGUGGGCUCUUGCGCGUUCACGAAUCCAGAUCGAUUAUUACGGUGUGCGCGCUCUGUAGGGCAGGGAUGGCGCGAGACUAUCGGGACGGAUCAUUAGGGGUUCAGCAGCCCAGAGUGCCAGAGCACCGGGGGGGCUGGGGAGCUGGGGCAGAACAGAGGGCGCGGCAUGCUCCAUACCACACCUGCCAGGGACCUAUCUGCCAGGCCAGGGCUUGUUUCUGCGCUGUUUGGUCCAGUAUCGUCCCCCCGAACACCAGUCCCUGAGUGCCGCAGAUCGAUGAUGUGUUUGUUUGGCAGUCAAUAUUUGUUCAAUGCUUCGCGGGCCUCCCGAGCCGCCUAUUAGAGUUCGAGUCUUUUUGCUUUCAGUGUUGUUGUCGCUCGUGUCAAG